UUAUACAAUGUGUUUGUUGUGUUAUGAUAUGUGCUGUUUGUGUUGUCUUAAUCAUCUUCGUAAGGUACGUAUGGAUUUCUUCUCUCUCAGGACGGUCGUUGACUUUUUGUUUCCCAUGAUGGUGAUUUCAAAUUGUCAACUUCAGCAUUUUGCAUCCCUAUAAAGGAUGGUAGCACAUGGAGCAUCGUCAGUAAUUAUCUAACUUCUCGAGGUACGCACGUGUUAUAAAAGUAAGAAGUGUAAUCCUCUUUAUUCCUUUUAGUGUUAUAAUUCGCAUAAGUGUUUCUAUUAGUGUUCUUGUUUUUGCUUUUUCAAAAUUAUAUAUAUAUAUUUUUUGUUUAUAGUGUCUGAAAAAGUUUGUUCUAUAAAAUUGGAGUCGUUUUUGCAAUCCUUGCAAGUUCUGGCUGCUUCGAUCCACAGUUCUAUAUCGGAGGUGGAUUGCCUGGAGGCACUGGCGCGUCCUGGACGUCCGAAACGAGGAGGAUACCGAAAAAAACUAGAUAUUAAGGCACGAAAUGUGGAGCUACGUCGUUUAAAGACAGAAAUUCAGGAGGAUUCGGCACAAUUGACUUCAAUGUUGAAUCUUGUUCUGUGAGUGUAAUUUUAAUUCCUUUGUGUAUUUUAUCUUCUUUCCUUUUUACAAUUUCCUUUUCUUUUUAUUUUAUAUAGUCGUCCAGAUCGUCCGAGUCAAUGCUAUUGUGGAGGGUGUUCGAUUUUACCCAAUAAGACAUUGAACUUGACAGAACAAUCUGUGCCAAGAAAUUUUGUGGACACCAUGGUGUGGAUAAACGAUGUACCGCAAUUUAUUUCGUCGGCCGAAAUUGAGGAUAAACCACUGGACCUUUCCAUGAAGGCUUCCGUCUUAAAUAAAAUUUUUCUACCGAAAAUUUCUGUGAAGGACAUUAAGACGCUUAUAGACGAUCCUUUGUGGCUUGAGCCUGUGGUUAAUGCUGCUCUUCAACCGCAAGCAGAUCCCUCUUCUCAAGUGCAAGCAGGGCCUUCCUUUCAACCACAAGUAGGGCCUUCCUUUCAAAUGCAAGCAGGUCCUUCCUUUCAACCAAAAACAGAUCCUUUCUUCCAACCACAAGCAGGGCCUUCCUGGUAUAGGGAACCUGAGGAUGUAGAAAUAAUCCUGGAGGAAAAUCGUUUGCCAAAAUUGGUCCCAAGCAGAGUUGAAUUGUGCAUGUGCGGUUUGUGCAACAUAUAAGGUUUUCUUUUCUUUUCGUGUAUUAUGUUUUUUUUGUUUGUUAUUUUUAAUGUUUCGUGUUCAAUUGUAAUGUGUGUUUAUAUGCGUGUGUGUUUUCCAUUUGUAGUAUGAAUGCGCGUGUGAUUAUUCCGAAUAAAUUUGACAUUUUCUUAUAAAUUUUGUAUACAAUUAUUUGUUUCGCUAAAACCUCUCUUAUUCGUUCUUUUUACAAUCGAAAUUUCUUACUUUAAAUUAUUCACCUUCUUAGAUUUCUUUUC